AUGCACAAGCGUACGGAAGAAGGGCGUAAACAAAGGCGACACACUGACCAUCUGGACAGCACAAUAAACACUGCGGAGUGGCAAAGCUAUCGACAACCUUCGGAGUACCCGAAAAGUUCAAACAUCGCUAACUACUAUGAGCAUUUGAAAAUGAGAAUGCGCAACACACUUUCGAAAUUCACAGGUCGUAAAGAUGGUG